AGUGAAGUUGUAGCUAUCUCUAUGGCAACAACACCUUUGCCACCAACUAACUUCACAUUGCUCAACUUCACUUCAGCCAGCAUCCUGUUGUCAUGGCAACCAGGAAAUGGAGGCAGAGUGGAUUAUUUUAUCAUCAACUACUCCCCAAGUGAUAUAAUCAAUUUUAACACUACUAACUUCACUAAUACCCUCAAUGUGACAGUGUCACCAAGGAGUCAGAAUGUGUCAUCAAGAGAUACAUUCAAUCAGGAAGUGUCUAAUUUGACACCUGGAGUAAAUUAUUCUGUGACACUAUUCGCUGUCAGUUAUGGUAUCCAUAGUAACCAUGUGGAGAUAUUCGCAGUUACAAUACCAUUACCAGUGAUAUCUGUCA